AUGUGCGAUGAGGAGGAUGUGUGUGAUAAAGAUUGUGAGGUGGAUGAGAAUGAGGAGCAGGUAGGCGAAACUAACGACAAAGUACAUGGUGAGCAGAAGAUGAUAAUCAGUGGAUUACUUAUUCUGCUCCUCUUGGUGCUCACAUCAGCCGAUGACGUAACACAGAAACCCAAUUUCGUCAUUAUUAUGGUAGAUGACCUUGGUAUUGGUGACAUUGGUUGUUUUGGCAAUGACACUAUACGUACACCAAAUAUUGAUAGAUUGGCGGCAGAGGGCGUUAAGUUGACACAUAACAUGGUACCUACACCUACCUGUACACCAAGUCGUGCUGCGUUUCUGACAGGACGUUAUCCCAUACGCAUGGGAAUGGCAUCAAAGCUACGGAAUACUAUGUUUGCAUUUAACAGCGGCAUUGGUGGCAUGCCAUCCAGCGAAAUAACCUUUGCUGAAAUGGUGAAAUCCACUGGAUAUGCCACUGCUGCCCUUGGGAAAUGGCAUCUGGGAUUACACAGCUUUAGUUUUGGUCGUAACUUUGAAUUCCAUCCACUGAAUCAAGGGUUUGACUUUUUCUAUGGUAUAUCACUGACACAUUUAAAUGAAUGCGCAGACAUACCGAAUGGCCGGUUAAGCAUAUUAAAAAUGUGGAAUAAUUUCUAUACUAUUAUAACAACCAUGGGUAUUACAUUGUACACAAUGGUUGGUUUGUUGAGAUAUUUCAGAGUGAUUGGACCUACAUGUUUCAAAAUUUUACUUUUACUCACGACCAUUAUUGUCAUCCUGACGUACAAUUUCCCUCACUAUAACUACCGAUUUCUUUGCGUCCUACUCAAAAACUAUGAGACUGUUGAACAGCCUUUCAGAUUACAAAACAUGACUCUCCGCCUGACAAAACAUGCUACAUCAUUCAUUGAAGAAAAUAAGGAAGGUCCAUUUCUGUUGUACUUAUCAUUUUUGAAAGUACAUACUGCAAUGUUUACAUCCAAGAACUUUACUGGAGUAAGUAAACACGGACAGUAUGGAGACAAUGUAGAAGAAAUGGACUGGAGUGUUGGUAGAGUACUUGCAAAGUUAGAUCAACUCGAACUGACGAAAAAUACAUUCGUAUAUUUCAUGUCCGAUCACGGCGGUCAUAUUGAGGAAAUAUCCAUCGAACCAGGGCGAGAAGGUGAACGAGAAGGAGGAUGGAAUGGCAUAUAUAAAGGAGGUAAAUCUCAAGUGUGGGAGGGCGGUGUUCGUGUACCAGCCAUAGCACGAUAUCCACCAUUGAUACCAAAAGGGUCUGAGAUAUCUGUUCCAACUAGUAGUAUGGACGUAACACCGACAUUAGCAUCGUUGGCAGGAGUGAAAAUACCACGUGAUGUAACAAUAGAUGGAGUUGAUAUCACAAAACUGUUAGCGGGCAAAGACAAAGCGCCACCACAUGAGUUUCUUUUCAUUUAUUGUGGAGCAUGGAUACAUGGUGUUACAUAUCGUCCCAAAACAGGUAAUAUUACAUACAAAGUGGUUUAUACAUCACCAAAAUGGUUACCUGGCACGGAAGGUUGCAUCGACACAUUGCUAUGUCAUUGCUAUGGUGAAUAUGUAGACCAUCACGACCCACCACUGGUAUACGACCUGACACAUGAUCCAAGUGAACGUCGCCCUCUAGAUCCCAGGCAUAAUGAUGUGAAAGAAAUCACAUCAAAAGCACGUGAUGCAGUCGCGAUGCAUGAAGGGACAGUUGUACCUGUAACAGACCAGUUUAAAAUCUUCAGAAUAGCCCCUCUGUAUCCAUGGUUACAACCAUGUUGUAACUUUCCACUAUGUUCGUGUAUAGAAGAGGAUUACGAAAACUGGGAUGUAGUAGAUUUUUGA